AUGGCGCAAUCUCGUCGUUCGCGUCUUGUGCGCAUGCCAAAACAAGAAGAAGAAAUUCACGUAAUCAGCAAUCCAUUAGAUAUGGAUGAACCGUCGUUGCCGAUGCUUCCACUAACUCGCCUUCAAAAGCAACGAGAAGUAUUAACAACGGAUGAUUAUCAAGCGCCGCUUACAUCAUUUUCUCUCCAGCCUCAUUCUCGAUGGUUAAUCGUUCGACGCAAUUUACAUCGUAUUCGUUUUAUGGGCUUUAAUAGUCGUGGACGACAAAGUCAACUACCGGAUUUUUACUUAGGUUUUCAAAUGACGCGCGAACUGAAACGUGCACAAGAUGAAAUUAAAAAUGUUGAUAAACAAAAAGAUUUUUAUGCUAUUAAACAAUUUACUUUAGCUGGCGAGCUUGGAACCAAGAAAGUAUUUAAUACAGGUCAUGUCACACCUGACGAUGCGCUGAUUUAUGAUCGACUUGGCGAAGAACCAUUAGCAUUGCAAAAUCUACUUUUUUAUUUUAGUAAACAAGAAGUUGAAUAUGGAACAGUUUUUUGGGACUUUCUAUCUGAAGUUAAUCAUGCCUUAAAUUUAAAACGUAAACGAUCUGCUCUCGUGCAACGAUUAAGACGAGUAGCAUUGUGGUUGGCUAUUAUUCUCUAUGUUUGUAUCGGACUUAUGUUUUGUUUAAUGAUUAUUAGUGUAAUAACCACAGCAACGAAAUUAAAUGAUCCGGAAGUUGAAUGGACCAAUGAAAGUCGUGAAAGAUAUGCUGUUAAUGUCUUAGCAUUUAGAUGA